UAAACAGUUCUGUUCUGUCAGUAUGUGUAGCAAUGAUAGUAAAACAGUACUUACUAGCAUAUAACUGCCAUUAUUGAGAUGAUUAAGAUCAUAAUACAUAUUCAAAGAGACAUUUUAUACACGUUAUCAUAAAUAUGAUCUGAAGUUCUUGCUUACUGCAUAAUAAUCAUGCAUCUGUACACCUGUAUCGUUAACUUUUGAUUUAUUUUCCAAGUUUCCUAUAAUUUAUUUUAAUAUAAUAAAUAAUGUUUUAAGAGGAAAAAAGUAUCUUUGAAAAAUGCCCUCAUGUCAUGAGCUACUUGUAUGUGCUUUUACUAUGUUCGUUUACAGUAUACAUCAUAAAAAUACAUGUACAUAGAAAGAAAACAACCCCUUAAAGAAAACAAAAUAAAGUUUGAGAAAAAUAUAAUCAAGUGCUUUUUCACAAAUAUAUAAUCAAAUUCUUUUUCACAAAUAUAUAAUCAAAUUCUUUUUCACAACGUCCAGAGUUGUGGUAUAUAAGAGAAGAAAAAUACCUCCAAUAUUUACAUUAAUCUUUAUUCUGUGUAAGAUGCAUGUUAAAAAGUCUGUACUUCCGUUAAAGUCCGGAAACACAAUAUCCGUUCAGCACGUAUUGCGGGCUUUUUUUUUUUUUUUUUUUUACACUAAAACCUUUCUUGAUGCCAGGACGAAGGUAUUUAGCUUGAUAUAAAGUACAUGCACUGUCUUUAUUGUCAUUUAAUGCAUGGAAUUAAUUAUAUAAUAACCAUUAUUAAUUUUAAAUUUACUUUUAAUCCACCAUUUCAAAAGAUAUCAUGUUUUAACAAUUUCCGCAUAUAGAAAAAGCCAUGGCAGAACAAGACUUGUCACGUGAGUACAAAGUUAUCAAAGACUACCCGUCAUCAGCACCUCAAAAUCUGGAACUCCGAAAAGGAGAUUACAUAACGCAUGUAAAGCCUCUGAACAAUGAAUGGGCUCUAGGGCGGAAAGUAGGGACCGACGAGACGGGGUUCUUUCCUGUUUCCUACACUGAGUAUUCUAGACAGUCCCCAGAGCUUCCUAAAAAUCCACAUCGUACCACCAUGAUUAUUCCCGAAGAUCAGAACGAUAGCGAUGACGAAACCCCAAAUCUUUUAAAACAGAAAACACCACUGCUAGAGAAAGGAGAUAAGAAAGCAGAACAAGGGAGGUACGACCAGCCUGGUCAGUUUGAAAUGAGCGAAAUACCAAUACAGACGAACAACGGUAACCUGAUAGAGGAGCUUACACAGAGACUUCGGACAGGAUUCCCAGUCAAUGCAUUGAGUCCCAAGACUUCACGCACCAUUCGGAGAAUCGUUUUGAUUGUCUGUGGUAUUUUGCUGGGAGCGCUGUUUUGUGGUGGCCUUUUCUCCAUUUGCGUUUACAGUUUUGGAUACACCUACAGAGUAUCAGGAAUUAUAACGGGCGUGGCCUUCCUUCUAGUCCUGAUUGGAGCUGUUGGUAGUCGAUUCCUAAGCUGCUGCUUGUUGCUAGUGGUGCCAUCCCUUUUCACCUCACAAGGAAGGGGUUUGGUCCUCGCCGCCAUUUUCAUCCUCCUUAUGUCUGGACCGGGAUCAAACAUUGCCUACAACACGGUAGAAGUGUCUCGGUGUUUGGCAUGCGUGGCUGACUUGAUCCAGAACCAGUUGAUGCAGCUAGGCAAACAGAUCCUUCAGCCGUUAUAUCGCAUCGCCUCAGCACUGAAGAAUGUGUUUCAAACUGUGGUCGAUGCUCUAACACCUGUGGUUAAUACUAUCAAUUCUAUUGUCAGCGAAUUAGAGUUGUUUCUCAGUACAGUGGAGAGAAUCGCUGCUGAAAUUUCCAAUGUGUUUUCUUCUUGUGAAAAAACAAUGACAGACGCUAAGUCUUCGUGCAUUAACGGGAUCAAAAAAGCAGAAAAAGACUGUGAGGACGCUGUCAAUGCGGCAGUGAAAUGGCUAGAAGAUGCCGCAAAGGCAGUGGUGAAUGCAGUGAAGUCAAUUUGGGGGAAAAGACGUAGACGAGCCAUAGGUUUUCUCCCCCUAAACACGUCUGGUGCUCCGAAUAGCCUAAUGAAUUCAACAGCAAUGCGUGGUAAACAGGCAAACAAGAAGGAGGGACGAAGUCGAUCAUAUGAUGCAUUGGUUAUGGAAAUCGAAGAAAAGGAAAGAUUAUCGUCUCCCUCUGUAACUCAAGAGGGUGAAUACAGAGCCUUGUCUGCGAGUAGAGUUAAACGCGACAGGAGGAAACGAUCAUUGGCGAGCUCUAUAUGUGGCAUUUUAGGAAAAGUUGAUGUGGUCUGUAGUGUAUUGGACAUUCCAGCCUAUCUUUGUAAAGCAAUAAACUUUGUGUCGGGCGAGCUUUCAUCGGCAGCUUCUGCAGCCAUGAGCGAAUUCAACAAAUUUAAAAAUGAAUUCGUUUUUGGGUUUAACUCUUCCUUUGACUUUAACAUGAAUAUAACAUCAUCUAAAACCGCAUCGCAAAUCGUGACUGAGGUGUUAGCAGACAUCACCAGCAAAGUAUCCAGCAUAACUACCAUAUCUGGCAUCAUCAGCCAGGCUCUUGGAGUGACAGUCCUAUUCCUUUUUAUUAAGUCUGUUAUAUACAUGACCCGUUACAUGAAGCAAGAUUUUUACGACAACAUAUACAUAUCUCCGGAAUUUAUAGAAUACGACGAAAAAUGCAAGAAAAACGGACGGGAGUCGGUCCUUCCACUGAAGUUCAGAGAACACUCGAGGUACAUCAUCACUUCAUUGCCAUUUCCUACCGGUCAAGAAUUGUCCUCGGCUCUUUCAGGCCUUGCCGCCUUCUUCACCCAUUUUGGGAUUGCCGUCGUCGUAAUAGGUUUUGAUUACGCCCUGUAUUACCUCCUUGUUCUGAUCGGUAACUAUGGACAGGUAGCUGUUCUGUCCUCCAGUGUCAGCAGCCUUAACAUUACAGUGGAGGGCAGCGGAUUCCUCGCCAACUUCUUUCGAGACCUGAUAGCAAAUUUAGAUCUCAAUGUUAACAUGACCGUCGAAUUCAACAUAACCAAUUGCUUACCAAACCCAAGCCUGCCAAGUGAAAGUAAUAUCCCCGUUUUCUCGCUUCUGUACGGCGGUGUGCUGUUCCUUGUCUUUGUUCAAAUGUACUCGCAUAGAAUCCGCCGUGUCAUCACUUCUCAUUUUUAUCCUGACCGAGAGGAGGAAAGAUGUCGUCUGCUUCAUGAGUUGAUACGUCAUCGACGCAAGACGCUCUUCACCUGGGUUAGACAACGGCUGCAAAUACGUCGUCAUGACAUCGAUAACCGUGUUUCUAUCCGGGGUCUCUUAGAGUACAGUUCGAUUGGCAUCUUUUGUAAACCAUUCCUGGAUAUCUGUUUACCGCAAAAGGCAACUUGUAUAAGCUGCGAAGAAGAGGCCAGUGGUAAUGUAUCCUUUAGGAAAUGCAAGCAGUGUAAAUCACUUUAUUGCAAAAAUUGUUUUGAGAUGUUUCAGAACAAUUGUUUGCUUUGUCAUGCCAAACAACAAAUGAAACCCGGUAAGAAGUAAACAGAAACGAUUUCACGAUGUUUUUAUUUCUUUAAUUUCUUUUUAUUGUAUUUAAGUAAAUAUAUACCAAUAGUAAAACAUAUUAUUGAUGUUAAUUUGCUUAAUUUUGAAGUUUCUGUUCAUUAACAGUAUUUUUAAUUCUUAUAUAUAUAUAUAUUUGAAUUAUAUGAAGUAAUUCAAUUUUAUCAGACUUUGAUUAAUUAUUUUGUAAAUCGAGGUAAUAUCUAUGAAAUUUAUAGUUCAGUAUAUAUUGUUGAAUAUAUCCAAUCUAAUAUCACUGGCGUCGGAAGCAAAUUGAAAGUGGGGGGGCUAAACUAAUCCUCAGAA